CAAAGAGAGAAAGUUAUAGAGAAUCAAAAGUAAGAAUGAAGCGACAAUUUGAGACAACAGUAUGCCAACCUUCAGCAAAAAAGGCAAAGGUCUCCGAUAACUACGGAAGAACCGUUGAGUCGAUGGACGUUGAGGAGGACUUAUUUUGUUACUUGUUCAGAAAAUCAAGUUCAGCCACAAGACCCUUCCUUAAAGCAACAAGAGGUCUUUCAAACAGGCGCUUGAAAAUUACCUCAAAUCCCAUAAUGCCAUUGAAUUCAUGGAUUAAAAAACGAGAAGGACCUUUAACCAAUAUUGAUGAAAGACCACAGCUUAAGAAGACUAAAACCAUCAAACAAAGAAAUGCUGCAAUUUCAGUAGACGUUGAAAAAGACAUUGUUUCCAUUUUCAUGCGCCUGCAUUUAUGA